AUGGCACCCACACCACCAAAAUCGAAUCCGUCGUUGCCGGCGGUGGUGAGCAAAAGUCCGCGGGCGGAGCUAUCAUUCACAAUUCAGUUGCUGUCGGGAAGGGCCGUGGUGAUGGUGGAGUGCCCGGGGUAUGAAACGGAGCUGUUCAUACCGCAGAUUGUCAAAGACCGGAUCACCCUCCAAAACAUUAUGCUGAAUAGACCGUGCUGCAGUGAGUCCAGCUUGACCACAUACCCGACCGUUCAACCUGUGAGCAGUCCGCCGGUGCGAGCACCGAAGAGGAUGAUUUCGUCUACACUACCACCACCUCUGGCAAGGAGCACUCCAACUUCACUUUCUGCCAACAAAACCGUUGAGCUGACACCAGAACCAGCGCGUUGCCAAGCAAUUCCAACUUCACUUUCUAUUCGUCGAAUCCGCGCUGCCGACAAAACCGUUGAGCUGACACCAGAGCCAGCGCGUUGCCAAGCAAUUCCAUUCGAAUCCGAGAUACAGGACGUAUCUCUUCAUGUGAACCAGUCCUAUUCGAACUCCAGCUUAGAAUCCCAUCCUCCGCUUCUGCCGCCUGAAGUUUUGAGCAUCACAGACGCGAGGAUGAGUGUGUCGAGCACACCCAACUCUAAUUUGAACGCAAGCCCACCUCUGAGAAGCUCAAUACGGGUGAAGCCGCCGGAGCGCACUUACGCGCGUCGUAAGACCGACAAUAUCGGCAAAGCCAAGCCGCCGACGAAAUGGUCGCCGGUGCAAAACAAGAAACGGCAUCCACUAUCUGCAACGAAGGGUCCAAAUCCGAGCAUGCAUAUAGAAGUGCGCAGGCGGAACUUCCUUGAGGACACACACAAGACUAUUGAGCCCUACGACCUGCAAAAUGCUAUCAGCUCGUCUUUUGAUGCGCUGAAAGGCACGGCCUUCGAUCUGCUGACAACGUCCGCCCAAGGGAACAUAGCCGAAGAGUUGGUCGUUGUUUUACGUCCAACAGUCCAACAGUUUCAGGAGGCCUGCAUGGAUAGGCGUUCCUCCACAGUGCCCAACUACAUAGAGCUGUCCGCCAGCCCUCAGCUGCAACUAGACCACGAGGUGAAGGCUUUGCUGGCAAGACAAAAGCGUUUAGAUCGGUGA